AUGGACGCGCAGAACCAAGUGACCGUCCUCACUGAGUACCUGACCCGUUCACAAGCGGACAACACCAGGCUGGGCCUAGAGUUGGUCGCGACUCAUAAACGGGUGAAAGAGCUGGAGGGGCUGCUGGAGGAUUGCGAACGGAAGCUGGCCGCGAAGGACGAGCGCGUGAAUGAUUUGGAGGCCCAGCUAUCGCGACUCAACGUGAGCAGCUCUGGGCCGACCGCGGUCCCGAACCCUGCAAACCCUCCUGGAGCCGCGGCCGCCUCGGCCGCGCCUACCAAUGCCACAACUCCCACCGACCAAGGGACGCGGAAGAAACCCGCACCGCCCACGAGGGAACAGACGAUUCGGGACGCGAUCGUCCUUCCAUGGGUCAACGCGACCAAACCCUCAGACGGAUGGAAGCUGUACAAGACCACGCACCCGCUGAUCCGCGAGAGUCCAGAGUCGCUUCUGGCCCAGCCUCGCGGUGCAGUUACGCGAAUGGCCGAGAUUAUAGGCAAGGAGGGAGCAUCGAACGCGAUAAACCGUGCCAAGCGAGUCAUGGACUUCAUCGCUCACAGGUUGGAGCAGGGAGACAACAUCGCGGUAGUGCUCGACAAGCUCGACCUCGUGUCAGCAGCUGUGGGCAUGUCGGGUGUAUUGGAAGGGAUCGCGGUAAAGAAGAAGAGUGUUGACUUGGAACUGAGCCAGCUCAAGAAGGGUACUCCUGUGGAGAAACCAACCGGGCCCGCCCCUGGGUGGCACGCGGAUACCGCAGCCCCUGCGCUUGGAGCCGGUGUCACCGUGUCCUCCCGCUGUGCCACCUGCCACGACCACGGGGUCUCCGUCUUGCUCGUCCGCGCUCUCCCCGCCGCUAUAAACAUCGACCGCGGCCUCCCCACCCUGCUCUCCUCCGUCGCCCGCCUCGACCCACCUGCUCACGAGACCCUCCAGCUCCUCGUCCGCAUCGUCCUCGUCGAUCGUGGCGAGGGUCGGUUCGGCUCGUUCAUGAUGGGGCGGAAGAAGGAGGCCCCCCCUCCUCCGCCACCAUCAGCGUCAUUCUCGGCUGCUGCUGCUGCUGCUGCCCCCAGCCAGCCCCAAGAGCCGCAGCGGGAACUUGCAGGGUUCCUGUGGAAGGUGAGCUCCAAGGGCGGGUGGAGCAAGCGGUGGUUCGCCCUCAGCGACAAGACUGCCAGGCUCUACUACGUGAAGAAGCCUGACGAAAAGACUCCUAGAGGCGUCAUCCCCCUUGAGCACACACACUUCCCCCUCGCCCCCUUUCCUUCUCUGCAGGACUGCAUAGUGGACGACAAUCUCCCCCCAGAGGAGGUGCCCUCAGCGUCUGAUCUCAAGUCUGGAAGCCCCUCCGCCCAGUCGCUGUCGUUCAAAAUCAGAUGCCCCUCUCCUGCAACCUUUCACACCUUUCACGGAUCCCUGAUCCUUCACGCUGGCAUCAUUUCAGAGAAGCAGCAGUGCGUGCAGCGGCUUCGCAGACACACCAAACUCUCUCACUCAUAUCCCCCUUCUCCCCCCCCCUUCUUCUCCUGCCAUCCACCCGCCUGUUCCACCCUGCCUGUGUCUCCCAUUGCAGUGCACAACGCUCUCAUCCUCCGGGCUGACAGCCUGGCAGAGAAGCAGCAGUGGGUGCAGCGCCUGAGCAGCCACACCAAGGCAUUCAAAGAAGCGCCCUCACCCCCGCCAGAAGCAGCAGGCGGGGGGGAAGCAGGGGACGACUCCGGGGGCGCGGACGGGGAGCGGGAGGGGGAGGGCGGGCUAGGGGGACUUGGGGGGGGCGUUCCCCCUGCGCCUGGGCAGCAGGGGGCGGCUGGGGGGGGCAAUCAGCGGGUGGUGAGUCCGGAGGAGGAGCUCAAGGCCAUGGCGACUGAAGUGAGGCGAUACGUGCAUGCUGUGCUGGCUCACCUGGCUGAUAACAUCCCCAAGGCCAUAGUGCUGACGCAAGUGGAGAAGGCCAAGGACGCCAUGCUCACAAAGCUGUACCAGAAAGUCAGUGAACUAUCUGAUGACAGCCUGUCUGUGCUGCUCCAAGAGGACAUGGAGAGCAAGGGGAAGAGGGAGCGCUUCAAGCACCUGCAGAACGCUCUGCUGAAGCUGAAGCGGUCGCUGAGCCUGCAUGAGGCGAGGGCGUCAGCAGAAGAGGAGGCCGGCGCAGGUGAGAAGGAGAAGGUGGAUGACUGGAGGGCAGCCUUCAACAAAGCAUCGCCCAUGGCGACAGUGCAAGAGAGCGAUGCUCCAUCUCCUAGAUCAUCCGCCCCUGCUCUCUCCCCAACCUCCUCCAAGCCUUCCCGAACCUCCUCCGGAGCUCCCAAGGGUUCAGGCUCGGCAGGAACAGGUUCGUCCCCCGCUCCUGCUGCAUCCCAAUCCGCUGCUUCUGCUGCGGUGGCUUCAGCCGCAGCUGCAGCUGCAGCCGCAGGGAGAGGAGGACCAGGAGCAGGAGCAGGAGGAGGAGCAGGAGGAGGGGCAGGUGGGGCAGGGGGCCCAGGAUCUGCGCCCUCCCCAUCUCCAUCCAUCUCCUACGGCCCUAGAACCAGCGUGAGCAUGGCCCCUAUGACAUCUCCCAUGGGAGGAGGAGGGAGCCCCAUGGGCAUGGCUAACAGCGCGAGCCUUGGCACUGCGGGGUAUGGCGGGAGUGUUGGCAUGAGCAGCAGUGCCAGUGCAGCAGGAGGCUACGGCAGCAGUGGGGGCUCAAGGGGAACACCGCCUAUGGGUGCUCCUCCUAUGGGUGGAGGUGCUGCUAUGGGUCAACCCAUGGGGCAGCCAAUGGGUGCGCCGAUUGCGGCUGGUCAGCCCCGCAAUCCUUCCCCGCUGCGGCAGAUGCUGAGUGGUGUGGGCAUGGGAAGGAGAAUGCCUCCUGCUCCCCCCACCACCGCUGCGCCCACGUAUAAGUACCCGUAG